AUGCCAGGCGUAACAAAGUACAAUUUAGUGGACGAUGUACACGAUUUGAGGAUCCCCAUGCACAACGAGGACGUGUUUCAACAUGGGGUGUGCUUCGAGGCGAAGUACAUUGGCAGUUUGGAGGUGGGUCGGCCAGGCAGCCGAAUGGAGAUAGUUGCUGCAAUGAGGAGAAUACGGUACGAGUUCAAACUGAAGAACGUGAAGAAGAAGAAGGUCAACAUCAUCGUGUCGACGGACUUCGUCCGGGUGAUCUUGCGUAAGAAGAGGAAGAGGAAGGAGUGGUCCUGGGACGACAGCGCCGCCCUGGUGGCCCAGGACCCCAUCUACAGGAUCUUCUACGUGUCCCACGACGCUCAGGACCUGAAGAUCUUCAGCUACAUCGCCCGCGACGGCCAGAGCAACGUGUUCCGCUGCAACGUCUUCAAGUCCAAACGAAAGGUAGGGCAGCGUCACGGCGCCGGGACAGUUCGCAGGCGCAACACGUAG